GCGGCACAAAUCGUGCUCCGCGAGAGGCUAUUGCGAAACAGGUUUUUUUUUGCAUCUUCAGACACUUCGUUAUAGUAAAGUGCAAUUAUUGUUAAGUGAAAAUCAUUUGUUUACAUACUUAGUUAUCUAAAAAGAUCAGAAUUUAUUUACUACUCGCGCACAAAGUCAACGAGACUUAUUACGCGAGAUUGUGAAAUUGCCUUUUUAUUAUUUCAAAUGUCAAUAUAUCUUGUGUUUAUACUCUGACAAAAAUAUUAAACAAUUAUAACUAAAAUGUUCUCAUAAAUAAUUAUCAUUGUCAUGUAUAUUUGUUGUUAAGGUACUAGAAAUAAAUUUUAGUACAGUUCAAAAUGUCUAGACAUCCAGGGAAUACUGCUUCUGGUUGGUAUAAUGAAUAAAUAACUGUCUGUCUAAAUUGAGUUAAGUAUCAAGUUUACAACUAUGACUAAUACUGACUAUCAGCCUUAGCAAUGUAUUAGAUGGAAAAAAUUCUAUGCGUAUUCGAAAAGUUUUCCUCAACACAUAUAUAUUAUUUGUUAAAACAGCAACUUCACUUUACUCAGCACAACAAAUGUCACUUCGUUGCGUUAACCAAGAUAGUUUUAUUAUUAUAACGCAUAGCUGCGUAAUCUCGACUUUUGUUACGGUAGCAAAUUUUUUUCUUCAGUGGACGUUUAAAUAUUUGAAUAUCGCAUGAGAAUUUGUAUUAUUCAGUUAUUAAUGAAGUCUUAUAUUUACUUAAAUUUGUAAUUUAUCAUAAGUAUUGUUGUGUUCGGUUUGUCGUAUAUACUAAAGAGGCCUCUUUGCCGCGCUCGCUGUAAAGUGUAGCGUUAACAAUUUUAAAGACAGCAACUUCGGCCAACGCCUCGUUGCACAUCGUCAACGUUUUCCGUAAGGAAAAAGUGUAUCCGGCAAAUCUGAAUAUAUACCGCAUAUAUGAGACAUAUAUUCAAUUUCCCGGAUAUAUACUUUUUCCGUACGAGUUCCUCCAAUCAGGGAAUUACACUUGACUGUAUUCUAAAUUCAUCCAAUUACAUUUUCUAAAUUAUUCCCUCCAGAACUGCGAACGGAGGUGAUAAGAACAACGAACACCAAAGUGCGGCAGCCUUUGACGCUUGAGAAGUUAAUGUAACUUUCUUGCUGGCCCGCGUGAUUUCUAAACCGUGUUACGUUUAGGCAACCCUCUUUUUCCGAUUUUCUAUUUCUCUUAAACCGAUUAGUUCAUUUUCAUUAAUAAUAUCUAAAUAGUCAAGUAUACUAUAAAAUCCCAUUUUGCACUCCAGGAGGAUUGGCAAGUUGCUUGUUACCGUAAAAGCUCUAUUCAAAAUUGUCUCUUUUUAAAUUUUAUUUUCUUUUCCAAAAAUCACCACACGGGAAGUACCGCUCGCGUAAAAGUCGAGGAGGCUUCGCCUCGUGUUUUACGCAGCUUCGUGUUUUACUCGGCUUCGCCUCGGAUAACAAUUUCAUCUGAUCUGAGACAUUUCUUACUUUACUGCCCUAGUUAGAUUAAAAUAUCAAAUUUAAGAAUCGACUGGUCGUGCCUUAGAUUGUAACAGGAAUAAGUCCUUGAUAUAAAUAAUGGCAGAAUCAACAUCAUCUGUUGCUCCUGUUGAUCAGGACAUCAACGAACCAAUGUCACCAGAUAUAUUUUCUGAUUGUGAAGCGCAGGAUUCAGGACCACCAGACACGGGUGAAUCCUGUCCGGCUGAAUUGAACGAACCGCAAUGGGCUGAUGACACUCCAGAAUGGAAGGGAGUAAGUAUGGAUGAAAUUUAUAAAGGUCUAGGACCUUUUGGUUAUCAACAGCAGCCUCCGAUCCGUCCAUCUGAACAUCACACAGUAUUAUUCCAAUUGCCAAUUCCUAACAGAGGACAACCAAAACCAUAUCCAUCUCAGCCGGUUGAUAAAUGGUGUACAGAUUAUGUGCGAAUGCCGCACUCUCCUCAAUCUCUUUAUCCCGUAGAAAAAGGUGAUAACAAAUGUGAUUUCCGCGUAAGAUGGGAGGUAAUUCAGGAAGCAUUAUUACAACGUUUGGUAUCUAGUCUACAAUUAGAAGCUGCUAUUUUAUCUUACAAGAGUAAAUACAUCCCAAAAUGGAAUUUUAAUGCCUUACAUUACUUUUUUGAAAACCUGAUGGAUAAAGAAUCUACUGAAAUGUUUUUCGAUAAACUGUUUCCUAAGAUGGUACAACUGGCUCUUCAAUUACCAACACUUAUAAUUGGUCCGAUUCCUCUACUAAAACAGCAUUCAAAUAAUUCAAUCAGUCUUAGUCAACUCCAAGUUGCCUCAUUACUUGCUAAUGCAUUUUUUUGUACAUUUCCAUGUCGUAAUUCAGUAGAGUCCAAUACAGAAUACGCAACUUUUCCGUUUAUUAAUUUCAAUGGAUUAUUCUCAGCUUACCCAGGAGAAAAACUAAGUACCGUAACUGAAAAACUAAAGUGUUUAUUUCAUUAUUUUCAAAGAGUCACAACUUCUGCUCCAGAAGGUACCAUUACAAUUAGAAGGCGUUUUAUUUCAAAAGAUAAUUGUCCAAAAUGGGAUAAAGCAAACUGUCCAUUGCCUUCAUUGCACAUUACUAGUAAAGGGACCAUCGAAACUGACGGGAUUGGACUCCUUCAAGUUGAUUUCGCUAAUAAAUACGUUGGAGGAGGAGUAUUAAAUCGGGGUUGCGUCCAAGAAGAAAUUCGUUUUGUCAUUUGUCCUGAGCUCUUGGUAACUAUGCUGGUAACAGAAGAACUAGAUGAUACUGAAGCGCUGAUUAUCACUGGUGUUGAGAGAUACAGUAAUUACGUAGGAUAUAGUUAUAGUUUUAAAUGGGAUGGUAAUUUUGUUGAUGAAACUCCACGUGACAGCAGUGGAAGACGUCAAACUACAGUUGUUGCCAUAGAUGCGUUAUACUUCACACAAGCAGAAAAACAAUUUUAUGGAAGAAAUAUUAUUCGUGAAUUAAACAAGGCAUAUGUAGGAUUUUCUUCUGUUGAAAUUCCUGAAAGGAAUUUAUCUGCAAUAGCAACUGGCAAAUGGGGAUGUGGAGCAUUUCGAGGAAAUCCACAACUCAAAGUUUUAAUUCAAUUAAUGGCGGCAGCGGUAAGUCAGCGACCAGUUGUUUGCUAUACAUUUGGUGAUAAUCAAUUACGAGAUUGUAUUUCUGACAUGUACUGGCAUCUUAUCAACCACAAUAUCAGCGUUGCUCGACUAUUUGCUAUACUCCGACAAUACGGACGGCAAUCCGCACCUAAUCAUUUGUAUUUCUAUCAAUUCUUGUAUCACCAUGCACAAAUAAAACCUCUUACGAGUUACUUUAAGGUAUUGCUGCAAAAAUUGACUCAUCCAACAAAUAAUCCACAAAUAAAAUCACCUAAAAAAAGUGAAUCAACGGAAUUAUUAGCAAUCACUGCAAAAAAAUUAUCAAUUCAAAAAAAGAAACCGCCGGACGUGGAAGAAGAGGAAAAAAUACAGAAUUUAUUAGAUGAUGAUGAUAUCGGACACGAUAAACUAGAUAACACAGGUACUAAAAAUAUUAGUAAACAUAUUGAAGUUGAUAGUACAGUAAAAACCCAAACGCCCGAACAGAAAUGGGAUACUUGGAAGAGUAAAUUAAAAUGUCAACAAACUAAACUCGUUGAUGACAAUAGUACACACACGAAAGAAACCAUUGGCAAUAAAAAAUCAUUAUGGGACAUUAUUGCUGAGAAUAAGAAUGAGGAAGAUAGAUUUCGAGUUGAACCAACAAAAAAACGAUUAACUGGUCUUGAAGCUUUGUAUAAAAACGAAUUAUUAACGGAUGAUGACUCAUCUGAUUCAUGUAGUGAACAAGUAGAAAAUGUCACUGAAUCAAAAAAUUUCAAGAAACCUGAAAAUAUAAAACAGGAUCUUCAUUCACCUGUUUCCGAAAAAGUUGAUGAUAUCAAUAAAUCCUCAAGUAAUCUUAAUACUGUCAAUAAUUGUAAAGUAAAAAAAUCUCCAAGUCCUGAAAAAUCAAAUGUUCUGGAGACUGGUCAAAAAAAAAUUCUAGACUACUUUUCACGGAAAAAUUAAUGUAAUAUAUGGAAAUUAAGAUUAAUACAAAUU